AUGUCUUCAGAUGAGCUCAUUUGGGACGUGAUCAAUCACACAUUUUGCUCUUUCAAGAUCAAGACAGGCAAAGGUCAGGACUUUUGCAGAAAUGAAUACAAUGUCACCGGUUUAUGUGAGCGAGCAUCGUGUCCGUUGGCCAAUGCUCGAUACGCCACGGUGAAGAACGUCGAGGGCAAGUUGUACCUCUACAUGAAGACAGCAGAAAGAGCCCACAUGCCAAAGAACCUUUGGGAAAGGGUGAGGUUACUGAAGAAUUUCGCCAAAGCCAUCGAACAAAUCGACGAGAAUCUUAUCUACUGGAACAAGUUUUUGAUCAACAAGUGCAAGCAGAGAUUGACAAGGUUAACGCAGGUCGCUAUGACGGAAAGGAGGUUGGCGUUGCGUGAAGAAGAGAGACACUACGUGGGGAUCAAGCCCAAAAUCAAGAGAAGAGAAGAGAAUCGUGAGAGGAAAGCAUUAGCCGCAGCCAAGAUUGAAAAGAGCAUUGAGAAGGAGUUAUUGGAAAGAUUGAAGAGUGGUGCAUACGGAGACAAGCCAUUAAAUGUUGAUGAAAAAGUGUGGAAGAAAGUGCUUGGAAAAGUUGACGAGGUAGAGGAGGAGGAGGAGUUUGAUGAGGACGAUGAUGUGGUGUUGGAGAGCGGAGACGAAGACGACGGUGGAGAGGUUGAGUACGUUGAGGACGAUGGGGAAGAUGAGUUGGUUGAUAUGGAAGACUUGGAGAGGUGGCUUGCUGACGGCUCUGGUAGCGAUUCCGAGUCUGAGGACGAAGAAGACCAAGACGAGGACGACAAAACGGAAGCCACAAAGAACGGUGACGCCAAAGGUAAGCGCCCAGCUCCACAAGACAAGGCAGCAAAGAGAAGGAGACCCAAAGUGGAGAUCGAAUACGAGCAAGAAGACAACCUCCAGACAAACAUUGCCGUAUAA